AUGAACAAAAACGUGAUCAACUAUACAGACUGCUGCAGUAAACUGGAAAAAAUUGCUUCAAAACGAAGAAUUUAUGGAUCCGAGUCGGCUCUCAGGUUGAACAAAAAAGACUCCAAAUUUGACGUGCUUAAUGAAACGUGUCUUAUCAAAGAUGCAAAAAACAAAAUGAAAAAAAUGCCGUUUAUUUGUGCCAGUAGUGCUAGCAAAAGUUAUAAUAUGGCUGUGAAUAUACAAACAACUUUAUCCAUGAUAAAGCAAUUCCCCGGUCAAAGUUAUGAUGAUCUGGACAGUUCAAUAAAUUCAUCUACUAACUUUAUCGUAGAAACGAAAUUGAACAAAAACAGCGGAACGAGCUUAGUAUCACAGCAAUACUCAGAUGUGCAAAUUUGCCCAGCUAUAUCGGAAGACAAAUUUAUAAGCCAAGAGGACGAAGGUCUAAACCCGUGGGCAGUGAAACAAACCGAUGCUUUUACAAAUCAUUCUGAGUGUGGUCUACAAAAAAAUUCUUGUUCCUGUCCAAAUCGGUUCAUGGAAAGUUACCAUAAAGUAAUGGCUCCUUUUAUGAAGCAUUUGAAACGCAAACAAAAAUCAAUAGAAUCUCCUCAAAACCAUUACACUAAAGCAAAAGUCGUACAGUAUUAUGAAUUAUUGUCCAAGCAUAUGCAAGCUCUGAAACUAACUAUAGUCACAAUGAAUAAUGAAUUUCUAACACUAACUGAAAGAUACAACAAACUCUACGAUCAAUAUAUUCGGGAUCAAAACGAAAACCUCAUACCGUUAUUACUUGAUACUGAAGACCAACUUAACGCAUUAAAAUCAAAAGUUGAAGAGGCUGUUGAUGUAUACAAAGAAGCAGCUUCUAUGAACACGGAAGAAGAAUCGAAUUCGUCUUCGAAUCUUUUGGCAGAUAUACAAGCAAAUGAAGAUCCAAGACCUAAGGAAACGACAACUAUACAUUUAUCCAAAGUGUUACGGAGAGUUCAGUGCCUACAAGAAAAGCUCAAGACUGGCCAUUUCCUCCACGGUUGUGGUGACCAGGCAGAAUAA